CGGACCAAGAGACUAACGCCAAGUAUAUGCCUGUGGCCACGCUGUCGAACAAGCAACCGCUAGUCACGAUUUGUAACAGCAGCCUUUCAGAGUUUGGAGUCUGUGGAUUUGAUCUUGGAUAUAACAUUGAAGAUCCAUCAAAUUUAUGCAUGUGGGAGGCCCAGUUUGGCGAUUUUGCCAAUGGUGCGCAAGUUGUUAUUGAUCAGUUCCUUUCCAGUGGUGAAGAAAAGUGGCAGUUGAAAUCCAGUCUCAUUUUGUCACUUCCACAUGGUUACUCUGGGGCUGGGCCUGAGCACAGUUCUGCCCGAAUUGAGCGUUACCUGCAAUUAUGCAGUGAUACCGACGUGGUCCCUGGUAACUUCCGUCAGGAGUCUGCUGCACGCAUGCUGGAGGCACGCAUUCAAAAGUACAAUUGGCAGGUCUGCUACCCCAGCACUCCUGCCAACUACUUUCAUAUGCUCCGCCGCCAGGUAGUGCGGCAAGAUGUAAAGCCCCUUGUAUUUUUCUUCUCCAAGGCUCGGCUUCGUCCCCCAAAUGUGUCUUCUCUUGCGGAAAUGGCAAAGGGCACAUCGUUUUUGCCUGUUAUUGACACCGCGGAGAAUGAAGCCGUCGUCCCACGGAAAGUUCUCUUUUGCUCCGGUCAGAUUGAAAGCAUUGUGAAUGAUCAUCGCCAGAAGCUCCGGGCAUCGAAUCAUGGCGCGCAUGAUGAUGUGGUGCUGGUGAAGCUGGAACAAUUAUCACCCUUCCCUUGGGAACAAGUCGCCGACGUCUUGGAGAAGUACCACAGUCGCAAUUCAGACGUUGAAUUUACAUGGCUGCAAGAAGAACCCAAAAAUAUGGGUCCAUGGGCAUACGUGCGUCCACGCUUCCAAAAACUCAUGCGUCAUCUUGGCAUCGAAAAGCCUGGCACGUUUUUCAAGUACAUUGGACGACCGACUGCGGCAUCUCCGUCCACAGGUUAUGGUUCUGUUCAUGUGGAGGAAGAAAAUGAACUUGUCGCUCAAGCACUGAGUUAA